GGCGCGGCUACCUGAACAACGUGCGCCUGGUAUCAGCCCGUCGGGGUGCUGGUCCCCCUGCUGGCUGGGUCCAGACCUGCAGCUGCCCGACCGGGUACGACGGGGACUUCUGCGAUGGAUGCUCUGCGGGGUUCAGACGCAGCGCCCCCGCAGACGGAGCCUUCAGCCCCUGUGAGCCCUGCAGCUGCCGGGGGGGGAGCUGCGACCCACUCACCGGAGACUGCUACUCCGGGGACCAGUCGUCCGGAGACUGCUCCGCCGGGUCCUACCGAGACCCGUGGCCCCCGAGAGCCUGCGUGAAGUGCCCCUGUCCGGAGGGAAGGUCCUGCUCACUGGCUGCUGGGUCUCUGGAUCCCCGCUGUGACCGCUGCCCCGCAGGAACCACAGGUGAUGACUGUAACGUCUGUCAGGAGGGGUUUUAUGGCGGCGCUGCUCGGGGUGACAGCUUGUCGACGCAGACCUGCAGACCCUGCCAGUGUAACGGACACAUCGACGUCAGCGUAGCGGGGAGCUGCGAUCGAGGCAGCGGAGAGUGUCUGAAGUGUGUGAACAACACCAAGGGUCCGAGCUGCGAGUCCUGUCUGCGAGGGUUCUACCACAGCCGGGCCGCCGACGCCUGCAAGGCCUGUGACUGCAGUGUUAAAGUGUUCCUCUCUGGUUCUGUUCAGUGUGUGACUGCAGUGUUAAAGUGUUCCUCUCUGGUUCUGUUCA